CCUGUUGGAAAGCCGAUGAGUACGAAAAAGCCCAAAAGUCCAGAAGGAUUUUCUCCGUAGAAUCAUAGUGACGUCGAUCUCAGCGUUGACAGCAUCCGCAACUUCGAUUGGCAUUUUUCUCUCUUGAGCUUUUCCAUUUUACGAUAAUGUCGUGGCGACUGGACUCGGUUCGCGUCUCAGAAGUAGACGGUAUCGACUUGGAAAUACUGGGAGUAAGCCUAUUCAUCGUACUCUUGAUUCUGAUCAUCGUUUCGGCAGCAUUUGGGCGUGACCACUACGUCUACUAUUUUCGUAUAGCUAGAACCCCUACUAGUUCAGAUGAGAAGUGUCGAGACCGGAAAAACGUUGAAGAAAUAGUCGGGACAAUCAAAUACGACAAUGACUACACCCCAGCACAGCCUUAUUUAGAGUGGUCCAAAGACGUGAUCGUCAACCCAAUGAACCCAGAAAUUGGCAUCCCUCAUGAAAUUGAGGAUGACUCCACAUGGAUAGACGAGGAGGAGGUGGAGAAUGAAUAGACGGAAUAGCCUCUUCCACGGUUGUCUCAACUAAAGUAGCUCGCUGAAAUGCUUUUAUUUUGUUUUCAUCCUGUUCAGAGAUAUCCAGGUUAAGAAAAAUGACGUAAAAAUAUAAGGAAGAUGUGAAAACACACAAAUUCAAGCACUGAUCCAAGAUACUUUUGAAUUUAGCCCAAAAUCCAAACAUCCUGUCAAUUUUUUGAAACUACGAUAAAUAAAAAAACUCAAAAACAAAA